CCCUCUGAUCGUCUCGAAUGUGUCAGUCUCGGGCUUCCGUCUGGCGACGGUAGAUGGCAGCAGCGACACGAAGAUAACGGUGGUUCGACUCACCGUGGCCGCGGAGUGACAGCUCGCCGAGCUCGAGCUGUCAUCAGCGGUAUCCGCGCGCGCGUCACGUUACCGUGGUACGCGUUUUCCAUACUGCGAGUAUACGUGCCGGUGCCGGUGACGCGCAGCGUGCUCGUGCCGGUUACGCGGACGCGUCCUGUCAGUGUCACCGGUGAUACCCGUUACGGAAUCGCGUCUUUUUUUCCCCCGUCGAAAAAGCCGAACGGCCGCCGCGCACGGUGGGUGCGCACGCAAGGGAGAACGGCUCCGCUCCGCUCGCCGCCGCCGGCUCGGCCAGUCUACUGGAAGAUUCCAUUGUGAGAGUGGGCUUUCGAAAAGUUUCGCAGAAACCAUCGGCGAGAUCUACACGGACAAUCAUCGCCGAGCCACCGGGACGUCGUUCAGGACAGACCAGGUGCUUCAUGGACUAAAGUAACAUCCUUGGAAGAAAGUAGACUAUCAUUCGGAAAAUCAUUUAGAAAAUUUUGCGGAAAGCUCGGUAAAAUAACGUGUGCGAUAAUAAUGUAAAGGAAAAUGUGAUUCUCGGUUAGUGAUUACUGAUUACGUUGAUACAGAAAAAAAAGCAAGAAACAAACUGUAUAAUAGAAACCGUGAUAGUAAAGUAAAGAGAAGAGGAGAUAGAAGAGAAAGAGAAAAAGAUGAGCACUAUAUAAAAGGUAGAGAAAUAGAAGAAAGAAGAGGAGAGACGCAUUGCGAUCGCAUCCGAUCAGGCUAAAACGUUCUCUCGGUCGAUCGUUUUCUCUGUGGAAGUUGACGAUUACAGUCGCUGUUUCGAAGGAAGAUUGCUCGACGAGCUCGCAAAAUAGGCGAAGGUACCGUCUCUCUGCGAAAAAGAGAAAAGGCGAAUUGGAAGGAAGAAAAGUGUAGAUAUCCCGCUGGUCCAUCGCACACUGUUUAUCCUGGGAAUCGAGCCGAGCGCCCGGGCGCCUCGAUACUCCGUGCGAUUGCUUUCAAAGACGAAAGAAGGAUUUCGCAAGGAUCGGGUAGAAGGAAAACAACGUGCGCGACGAUACAGGAAAAGAGAGAUGUACCGAGAACCGAGCAGUUCGUCGGGCAGCGGCGCCUCUACCAAGGGCGACGAAGUCGAGCUCGUCAGUAGAUUCCUGGCGCCGCUCUGCGCCAGAGACGAAGCGGCAAGGAACAUCGCCCUGGCCGCGGCCAGGACCACCGUCGAAGGAUGGCUGGGUGGCGUCAGCAGCCCAAAUCGCUGGGAGGACGCCGGCGACAUCGAGGACAUCAAGACCGCGAGUGGGAAAUUUUCCAGUUCUCAGGACGGAAGAUACGAUAUGAGCAUCGAACGGUCGCCGACGAGAUCGUCGCCGAGAAGCGUGCUGCAGCAGCAGCAGCAGCAGCAGCAGCAGCAGCUGUUGCACGACACGUUCCGGACGGAAGGCUUCUUUCCGCAAAGCAUCAAUGACAAUCCACUUUCGUUCCUCGAGGAGAACAAUCCGGAAUGCUCGUUCGACUGCGUGGAUGGUCGUCUUUUGAACGAAAGGCGAUUUCGCGAGCGAUACGCCAGCGGCGACGGCGUCGAGAGUUGCAGGUCCGGUCAUUCGACGUCUUCAGACGAGGGUAGUAAGAGUUUCAAUAUCGAAGGCAGAUGCCCGCGCUUCGGCUCGAACAGCGAGACCGAGAGGAAGCAUCCUGGUUCAUCGUCGAGCGACAGAUCGACAAGCGAUGACUAUUGCUCUGGCAGGACGAAGAACAAUUACGUGAAGGUGAAGGGCGCUAAGCAGAAGCAGCUGGAAGAUGAUGAGCUUGAUGCGGAUACCCGAGUGUACGGCAAAAGUCCGAAGUUCGAUGACAACCUGAGCGGCCUCGCGUCAUUCGACUGUCGGAAUCUGAAUCGCCGAGCCAAGAUUGUCGCCAGCGGCGACCUGCUAACGCACGAACAGCGCCGAUACUACGACGCCGGCACCGACGACGACGUCUCUUUCAAUGACAGCGAGGCGGCGCGCAGCGACGGGGUUGUCUUUAACACUCUCGACGGUUUCGAAAACGAGAACGAUCUACCACCUUUCUACCAUCAGGAUAUGAACUUGGAGAACCGCGAGACAGCGGUCUAUGAUGAUAUACCGGAGGAUUCUCGCCGGACGCAGCAAGACUAUUUGCGCAAGAACGAUGAGAGGAAGUUUAGUGCCGGUCAGAUCAAACGGCCGCUCUCGCAGGACGAGGACGUGUCUUCGAAGAGCGGCCGAGUGCUCGAGAGCCCUGAAGUGACACCCGGCGACGUCGGCAGGAUGCUGAAUCUUGGUAACGCCUUGGACGGACCCAGACAAGCACAGGCUAACAAGUAUCUCAGCCUGGUGACGUUGCAUCUGCCGGUGAUAUUGAGGCUCAGCGUUAAUUGUCCCUUCCAGAACGUUAGAAUCAAGUGUGCGGAGAUCCUCCAGAUGGUUAAGGAGAGAGGACUUCCAGUACCGGUUCCCGCCUUCGAUGGACCUAGUGCCUUCGUCCCUCUCUCGGAGUUGCCGGAUCUAAACAACCUCGAUGAAAAGACGCAUGUCUUGUUGAUGGAUGCAUUUCUACAGAACAACAGGCUCGAUCAUGUUUCGAGGGUAAUGUCCUCCCAUCCAUCGUAUUUGGAACAUUUUCUUCGGACCCAGCAAUUCGUUCUUCGGGGUGACGGUCCACUUCCUUAUGACUACAGACAUCUCAUUGCCAUUAUGGCUGCGGGUAGGCACCAAUGUAGCUACCUUAUAAACCUGCAGAAGGGAGAAUUCCUUCUUCAGGGCGGUGACCCUUCAUGGCUCCAAGGCCUUAGAUCGAUUCCGGGGAAGCUGCAAGAUCUCUAUGAGAUCAACAAGAUCCUAGCUCAUAGACCGUGGCUCCUGAAUAAAUCGCACAUAGAGAAAUUGACUAAGGGCGAUGAUAAUUGGUCCUUAGCGGAGGUUGUCCAUGCGAUAGUUCUAUUAGCCCACUUCCAUUCGUUGUCCUCUUUCGUAUUUUCUUGUGGAAUUAACGAGGAAUUGGAUAACGUGACCGGUCAUCAUUAUAAGGAGAACAUCCAGGACAAUAGUAGUAAGAUACCGCCUGCCAAAGAUAAGCUCACGAGCCCUAAAAAGAUCCCUAACGGAGACGGCAAGACUGAAAAUUUACCGUCGCCGCCGUCGUCACCGAGCAUAGUCGGCGAGCAGGAAGUCGGAGUGGAGACUCUGAUGGAACGUAUGAAGCGUCUCUCGGAAAAAUCCGAGUCCUAUCAGAUCACGCAGGAGGAGCUUUCUAAGAGAUUCGAGACUGUCGAGACGCAAUCGGCCGAGCUGGCAGCAGCGCCGCAAAGGAGCAGCUCGGUCCUCGACUCCGAUAUCGGUCUAUUCAUCGAGGAUCCCACUUUCAUCUACCAGGAUUUCGCCAAGCGCGGUCAGUUGAACGACAUACCGACCUUCCGCGUCCAGGACUACUCCUGGGAUGAUCAUGGUUACUCCUUGGUGAAUCGUCUGUACAAUGACGUCGGUAAUCUUCUCGACGACAAAUUCAAGACCGCUUACAAUUUGACAUACUAUACUAUGGGCACGCACAACAAGGUCGAUACGUCGCGCUUUAGACGGGCGAUCUGGAACUAUAUACAGUGUAUGUUCGGCAUCAGGCAUGACGAUUACGAUUACAAUGAGGUGAAUCAAUUGCUCGAGCGUAGCCUCAAAACUUUCAUCAAGAGCGCCGUUUGCUAUCCGGAGCGCGUUACAAAGAGGGAUUAUGAUCGCGUCAUGAGGGAAUUCAAACACAGUGAAAAGGUCCACGUGAACCUGAUGAUUCUAGAGGCUCGCAUGCAAGCAGAACUGCUGUAUGCCCUUCGUGCCGUGAUGCGGUAUAUGACCUAAAGCGAAGUUCCGCGUCGCUCCCUCGUUUGUCCGCUGUCUGUCAGUCUGCAGUUUGUCGAUUUGUUUUCUCGCGCCACGCUCCAUGCCGUAAAUUCGCAGACUUCAUGCGCGCGGCAUAGAAGGAGCAGACAAGCGCGAUAUCAUCGAGUCUUAUACAGAACAUCACAUACAUAUGCACGCGCUAUCAUAAGGCCGCUUCAACGUCGACUCGUGAAUUGCGGCGAUAGCGAGCAAUCGCGAUUCUUCAGCGAGUGCUGAAAAAGGCGAUAGUGGAAGAGCAAAAGGAAGAAGAGAAAAAUGCUAAUUGUGGGGAAAACAGAAGAUCAUAAUAUUUGGCCAUUCAGCUGCGCUUUUGGCGCGAUUCUUCCGAUGGCGCCUCAACGACGAGACCAACGCGUCUUUAUUUCUCAUGCGGCUCACGAACAUUGUCGAUUGCACGUUUCGUCUAUUCGCGUAAUAAUAAAGUAGAGUUGAUGGCGAAUGGAGUGUUUCUCCGCACUUGUUUGAGAGAAGAUUGUGAAGAGAUCAUAAAAAACGGAGGAAGAAAUUGUGCGAACAGACAGGAAGACAUGACAAGGAGAGGAAAGAUUUAUAAUUUGUUUUGUACAUAGACACUCGUAUUUUUCUACGUUCGACAUUAUAGCAGACUGUUAUUUGUGCGUUUCGUUUACGUUUCAGAUCUGUUAAAAAAAAAAGUUUGCUCUCGCCUUAGAAGCUUUCAAAUCGCGCUUUUAACUUGACACAUAACACUACACACACACACACACACAUUCUUAUGUUUGCAAUUACCACCUUAUGCGCGGUUUAUUGAAGAAAACGCAUCACUGCAACAUGUAUUCAUAUAUCAAGCAAGAGAAAAAACUCCGCGCAGAUAUUUCGUUUCUUCUUUUGUGUCGGAUAACUUAUGGAGAAAUGGGAAAUUAAUCGUAAGGCUAAAUUAAGAAAAUAUAUUAACUCUAAUUCCGUCGUGAUUUUAUCCUUUUCCUCGGAUCCGAUUUGAUUCGACUUCUCCGAGUUCUCAUGCUUGUGGCGUACACCUCGAGUUAUCGGAACGUCGAAUUAUCGCAUGCGACACAACGCGCGUCGUCGCGAACGUCGGACCGAGAAAUUGUCUUUCGCGCUCUGUAUAUAUCUAUAUAUAUGUAUGUAAUGCGUUUUAUCUUCGUUUCAUUUUGACGAUACCUAUCCCGUAUCAAAAAAAAUACCCGUGAAAAAGCUAACAUAAAAUUGUACCUACUUACCAUUCAUCGUACGCGUGUGUCGAGCAAACCUUAGACUGUAGGACGAUCCGCAGCCGCGUGCAUGGGCGUGCAGAUUAUGUUACGAGUACGCGACCGCGGAGAAAAGAAAUGCCUAUCGGCUGUGUUUAUUUACCGAGGGAUGAUGCGCCGCUGUUGUUUAGCCGAACGCGAAGAGCGUUGCAAAUUCGCUUUAACCCAUGCACCAUCUAAACCUGCUUUUCCACCUUGAGAUUAGCGAUGGAAAGUCACGUUCGCGUCGAGCUUUACGCGAGAAGAAAAUUCGUUUGGUGUCUCGAAAGAAAAGCAGAUUAUUGUAUCCAGAUUGUUGUGCUGAGGGCUUACGCUUGAAGAAGCAGGAAAGAAGUGUCGGCUUGGAGAACGUGAUUCGGGAUUUUAUCCGAAUUUUGCGUGCGCCAUUGAAAGAACUGAUCGAUUCUAUAUGAACACCAAUUUCUCGACGCCCGAUAUUACGCGCGCGCGCGAGGGCGCUUAUCAACGAAUUUCGAUGCCUUCGGCGUAGCGUUCUAAUGAAACGUUAUAUAGAAAGGAAAGAAAAGAAAGAGUGAGAGAGAGAGAGAGAGAGAGAGAGAGAGAGAGAGAAAGAAAAGUUUGAUAAAAAGCGAUAGGAAUCGCGACGCACGGCUGAUGGAGGAGCCCUGUCCCUUCUUCGGCGAUUAUUGAUUGCAAUCGUGCGGGGAUGCCGUUUGUUCGAUGUGAAAGUGUUGUGUACGAAGAGGAUCGAGGCGAGGCUGUUUAAACAAAUCAAAUUCUUAUAAUAGAUUGUUAAGGUAUAUACAGACACGCAACAUACACACCUAUACACGUACAACACAUGAUACACACGAAAAGAACGUGGCACAAACUAUUACACGCGAAAUAUACGUGUUCUGUGAUCGCAUAUAUCUAUAUAUAUGUAUACACACAUACACAUAAAAAAGCGAAUAUAUAUAUAUGUAUAUAUAUAUAGAUACAUAUAUACGCAUAUUUACGAUUAACUCGGCGAAAGAAAGGGAGGAAGAGCGAGAGGGAGAGAGUGAUGCGCGUGGCAAAUGCGUAUGAAGUGCGCACGUAAUUGGAAGUUUGAUGAUUCUACCUGUAGCAUUUGUAAUUAGGGUGUCUCUUUAUUAUAUAAUUGUGCACGUGUGUGUACGUAUGCGCGGGCGCGCCUCGGAUAAUCGAUUUAUUUACGUGCGCGUUCAAGGACGUGAUAAUCAGUACUUUGGAAUAUGAACGUGUUCUCCGUGAACGAUCCUUUGAUAUCGAUUCAGCGAACGAUCGACUAUAAAUGGUACACACAGUGAGUAAAAGAUCCUGCGAGAAAAUUGAAAUUGAUGCAAUUUCAGUAAAUUAUGA